AUGGAGAAUAAUGAAGAAGAACAUGACCAUAAUAACAUCCAUGUGGUGCCUCGCAGGGUGGAGGUCAUUUACAGACGAAAGACCAGAGAAAGGAAAAUAUUUAUGGAUGAAUUGAAAGAAGUGAGGAAACGUAGAGACAAACAUUUUAUGAAAAGAAUUAUUGCUUCGAUCGGCCCUAAUUGGUAUUACGAGCUCAGUGAACCACAGAGAAGAAAUCUGGACACGCUCGAAUUUUGUAUUUACCAAGAUGUGUUAGCAGGCCGGCCCGUAAAGACCAAGAGUGUCAUCCGUCAGCUGGGCUUGCAUCCCCGGCCAACUACCGAUGACAUCAUGCAUUGCGUCAUCGCCGGACGUAAAGAUCCUAAGCAGAUGCUCUCAAAUUUAUUUGGUCUGAUGUUCGGUCACACCAUCGAUGGGAAGCGUGCCGUCUACGACAUGAACGGAAAGUUGUUGCUGUCGUCUAUACUUUACUUGGGUAUGCCUCAUUUAAUAAAAUCAUUACAAAUUAUGUUUUAUAAUGAACCUCAGGAAAUAAAGGAAAUUAAGCCGGAACCUAAACCCAAGCCCAUCUUAAAGUCUCCGUACUUACAAGAAAUGGUGGCGUGUCAAUAUAAACCGCCGAAGCGCAAACCGCAACGUCCACCACCUUUGCCACAUUUGGACACUCUCAAUGAACCCUUUGAAGUAGAGCCCGUGAUCCGCAAGCCCCCGCCCUUGCCGCCGCCGCCGCCGCCGCCCAAGAAGCGGCUGCCGCGCUCCUACUGCGACCGCAUUGCUGGUAUAGUAUCACUCGAGCCGCGCUGGUCUAUUGAUAAUUUGUCAAUGAAGCCUUUGGCACGUAGCUUUCAACGCAGGAAAACAUCUAAAAUUAGCAUUUUAGAAGACAAAAAGAAGCUCUAUGGCAUAUCCGCAACCCCAACGAAAAAAGUUCGUCGUAGGAAACCAGUGGCGCCUUCGACGGGCUUGAAAAAUUCACAAUAUUUAAUAAAAGGUGUCAGUAUCGUACACGGCAGAUAUUUCUACCUACUUGGUAAUGUGUCAAUAUUACCACCCGAUGGCGAAAUGAUACACGGCGGCUAUGCGCAUGUGAAGGGCGAAAAUAUAAAUAUAAAUUGCGGCUAUCGCGCCCACCCGCCACCGCCAGCGCCCGAUCCCUGCGACUGCUUAGAACUAUGGAACAAUUCUGUUUUCGAAUACAUCAAAAACACUAAAUGUCACUGCGGUCACUAUUACGACUUUGGAAACGAUGGUGCCUUCUUGCCGGAUGAAUUACCUUUCUUUGAAAAACCAACUCAAAAUACUCCGUUCCGUUUUAACUAUCAGACCAUAUACGAUUUGGACGAGAAGCAGCUUUUCGUGGAGAAGCAAUUUAAAAAACUUUGGGACACGGACAGCGUGUUGGGCCCGCCCGGUGACCACGACAAAGAUAAAAGAGAUAAAAAGAAACUAAAAGUUCGGAGACUGUCUGCGAGUACGAUUAAUGAAAAUCUUAAACCCGAAGACUAUUUAAAAAGUGCGCUCAGAAAAUUAAGACGUGAUAACAUUGCAGCUCGCCUACCUGAUGUGCAUUUAGUACCGCUGUUGAAAGAGUGGAUGCGUCAUCGUAUUUACGGGCCUUAUUCUGCGAGAGAAAAAGCUAGGCUUUUAUCAAGAAGUUGUAAUGACUGGCAAAAGUUCUGGGCUCUUUCGUUUAAAGAUUACAUGCACGUUUUCCCUCCGAAAGACCCAAAUUACGCCGGUCACACAAAUUGGCUUCAUAAGCACAGUCUGAACCAACAUUUCCGAAAAUAUACUCGAAAAUACAAGAUAGACGUGUUCAAAGCUUUUGCGACCUUUAACAACAUGUUGUGGACCACGAUGUGCCAAGCGCAGUUUCCGGGUAAAAACUUUAGAGAAAUAUAUUUCUCCUAUCUCUACGAUAAAGUAGAAGAUUUACUGUUAAUGCAUCCGUAUAGUGUUGGAGAAACUGCGGAGAGGAAGAAGAUAAUGGAAAACAAACGAUACAGCUGUUACCAACCUAUCGAACGAGACGAGUGAAUGUGUCAUGCUAAAGUACAAUGUCAUUGUGGAGGUCAAGAAUAAAAUUUCUGUUCUAAAAUGCGUAAUAGAGCUUCUGUAGUUUGAUUCAAAUUUUAUUUGUAAUCCGCAAAUUUGUCUGACCUCGCUUCUAAAUAAAAUAUU